GACAGUGGAAGGCGACACCCAACAAAAGGCUUCCCCACACCAUCUUCUCCCCACAAGACAGCCGAGGACGAGUUUUCUUCUCUGUUCCUCUACCACCGAACACAACCCUCUCCCCCCUUCCCACUCUCUCUAACCUACGCCGCAACUCCUAACCCUUAUCCUGCGCACCCCCCCUAGCCUAUACCUUUUGCCCCAAAUUCCAUUAUAACCUAGGUCCUCUCUUUUUCUCCCUUCCCCAAUCCUCCAAGGGUCCUUUGGGUUUUGGGUUAGGGUUUUGGAGAGAGAUGUGGGAUGCUUCAUGCAUUGAUGAAUCUUCUCUCGCUGUGUUGGAAGCCAUUUGGGCGCGGCGACGGUGAGGGAGGAGUCGACUCUAUCGGAAUUGUUGGCGCCAAUUUAAAAGGCGGCGGUGGAGGAAGAGAUGGCAAAGAUAGCUUGCUUUGGUUCCGAGAUAUCGGAAAGUACGCCUGGGGAGAUUUCUCCAUGGCUGUGGUUCAGGCCAAUCAGGUCCUCGAGGACCAGGGGCAGAUCGAGUCCGGCCCCUUUGGGACCUUCGUCGGCGUCUAUGAUGGCCACGGUGGCCCGGAGGCCGCUCAAUACGUCUGCGAUAAUCUAUUUAGACAUUUUCAAGCAGUAUCAGCGGAGACGGAGGAUGUUGUGACAGCAGAGACCAUUCAAAAUGCUUUUCGUCAGACAGAGGAAGGAUUUACGGCCCUUGUUUCUGAGUUGUGGAGUACUAAAUCCAAUUUAGCAACUGUAGGAACAUGCUGUCUGGUUGGGGUGAUAUGUCAGGGGACCCUAUUUGUGGCAAGUCUUGGAGAUUCCCGUCUUGUUUUGGGGAAGAAAGUGGGCAACACUGGGGAAGUUGCUGCUAUUCAGUUAUCCACCGAACACAAUGCGAAUCUCGAUGAGAUUAGGUACGAGCUAAAAGAGCUGCACCCACAUGAUUCUCAAAUUGUCGUUUUAAAGCAUGGAGUUUGGAGAGUAAAAGGAAUCAUCCAGGUUUCUAGAUCUAUAGGUGAUGUAUAUAUGAAACAUGCACAGUUUAACAGGGAGCCAAUUGCUGCAAAAUUCCGACUUCCUGAACCAAUGAACAUGCCUAUCAUGUCUGCCACUCCAACUAUUCUUUCUCAUGCUCUGCAUCCAAAUGAUUCUUUUCUUAUCUUUGCGUCUGAUGGUCUAUGGGAACACUUGAGUAAUGAACAAGCUGUUGAGAUUGUCCACAAGCAUCCUCAUGCAGGAAGUGCCAAAAGGCUUGUUAAGACAGCGCUCCAAGAAGCUGCAAGAAAACGAGAAAUGCGUUAUUCAGAUCUUCGGAAAAUAGACAAGAAAGUGCGGCGCCAUUUUCAUGAUGAUAUAACUGUUAUUGUUUUAUUCUUGAACCAUGACCUAAUCUCCAGAGGCACAGCACAAGAACCCCCAGUCUCAAUAAGAAGUGGUCUUGAUCACUAAUAAUUAUAUAGCCAGACAUGUCUCCGCUACCCUUGAUUUUGGUUGAUUCCUCCGAUAAAGAAUUCUCAUGAUGCAAGAGUAGCACUGAUAAACUGCCAGGAUCCUGGGACAAAGUUCAUGAGUGAAGAGGCUUGAAAGCUUUGUUGGUUACAAGAGGCUUAAGCUUUAAGUGCUAGAAAAUUGCUUUACAGAUUCAUGUAAUACCCUGCUAUAAAUUGUUAAAUGCAUGAUGUUUGCCUCAAAUACUAAAAGUGAGAGCUGAAGUUUUACAUUGUUUAUAUAAUUUCUGAAAUUAACCAAGUGUCCCUUGUUGCCUAUACC